UCUACAACACUUCAACCUCGUUUCUUUUAAAUUCUUAAUUAAGGAGCUUAAUUACUGCUUCACUGACUCGUUGCUUAUUUGUGAAUACGAAUAUCACAUCACGUUGACGUUAAAGAAAUCUCUUCAUUUAGACAUGCCUCUGAUAUUUUGAUUGACUUUCAUCAAUUAAAGGAAGACCAUAUAUUCAUAAGGCACAUUCAUCAAUGCAUCAACGAUAAACGAUGAGAAAAUAUUUCUUCUAUGAUGGAAUUAAGAGCAACAUUUUUGUUGUCUUCGCUGUUUGGAAUGUAGAGAAGGUGAUUGCUUGGUUAAUUAAGCUUGGAUAAAUUUACAAAAGUUUUAACUGUUUACAUCUGCCGUUUUAGAUGUUAAGCAAGAACACAGAUGAAAGAAACACAGUGUUAAAUUAUUCUCUGAAAAUACUGACACAACUGAACACAGAUAUAUUCAUAGAAUUGAAAAAAUCAUUAUCAUUGUGAUACGUAUGAGAAAUUAUUAUCUUAUAAUGAAUGAUUUAAGAAAACCAAACAAACCUGAUUCAGGUGAGAGGCCAUAUCGCUGUGAUGUCUGUGGUAAAUCAUUUACUGAAGAAGGAGUCUUAACCAAACACAAAUGCAUUGAUACAGGAGAGAAACCAUAUCACUGUGAUGUCUGUGGUAAAUCAUUUUCCCAAAAUUGUCACUUGACUAGUCACAACCGUAUUCAUACUGGGGAAAGACCAUAUCGUUGUGAUAUCUGUGGUAAAUCAUUCUCUCAAAGUGGUGAAUUGUUUCAACACAAACGUACACAUACGGGAGAAAAACCAUAUCAUUGUGACAUCUGUGGUGAAUCAUUUUCUGAUAAUAGCUCUUUAACUUAUCACAAACGUGUUCAUACAGGUGAGAAGCCAUAUCAUUGUGAUAUCUGUGAUAAAUCAUUCUCUAGAAAUAGUAACUUGACCAGUCACAAACAUGUUCAUACUGGAGAAAAACCAUAUCAUUGUGAUAUCUGUGGUAAAUCAUUUUCUCGUAAUGGUAGCUUAACUAAUCACAAACGCAGCCAUACAGGAGAGAAGCCAUAUCAGUGUGAUAUCUGUGGUAAAUCAUUCUCUGAAAGUGGCUCUUUAACUAAGCACAAGCGCAUUCAUUCAGGGGAGAAACCCUAUCAUUGUGAUACCUGUGGUAAAUCAUUCUCUACAGGUAGUACCUUGACUGAUCAUAAACGUAUUCAUACUGGGGAAAAACCAUAUCACUGUGAUAUCUGUGGUAAAUUAUUCUCUUUUAGAAAUAACUUGGUUAAGCACAAGCGCACCCAUACAGGUGCGAGCAUAUCGUGACACCUUUGGUAAAUAAUUCUCACAUGGGAGUGAAUUAACAAAACACCUGUUCAUACAGGUGAGAAGCCAUAUCAUUGUGAUACCGGUCGUAAAUUAUUCUCUUUUAGAAAUAACUUGGUUAAGCACAAGCGCACCCAUACAGGUGAGAGCCAGGUUGUGAAGUCUGUGGCAAAUCCUUCUCACAUGGGAGGGCAUUAACAAAAAACGUGUUCAUACAGGUGAGAAGCCAUAUCAUUGUGAUACCUGUGGUAAAUCAUUCUCUCCAGAUUAUAACUUCACUAAACAUGUAUGUAUUCAUACAGAAUAUAUAACAAACAGUAUCGCUUGCAAAUAUUGCCACAUGGCCAGCCCACAUGUGGUUGGGUGGUAAAUCUGUUACAUCAACCCCAGUACUUGACUAAUACUUAUACUAUUGACCCCGAAAGGAUGAAACAUAAGAUCAACCUUGGAGGAAUUUGAACUCAGAACGUAGCGGCAGACGA